CUGGAGACUCAUAAUUCUCUAGUCAUAAUUAGAUAUGCGAGUUAUUGAGAUUUCUAAUUAUGACUAAAAAGCUCUAAUUAACUAUGGAAAUUGUUUCAAAAUGUACAGUAUUAAUGCGUUAAACGCAUUAUCCUAAAACGCAAGGAUAUUUGAUUAAAUCUUAUUAUAUGCAUACUUGAAGGAUGAGCAGGACAAAGGAACAAGCGGGUUCAUCCAAGUCAUCGGGAUCCGCAGGCUCUACGGAGGAAAAAGAGAAGGAUGAGAGGAUGUUCGAGUGCAAUAUCUGUUUGGAUACCGCGAAAGAUGCAGUAGUCAGUAUGUGCGGCCAUCUGUUCUGUUGGCCGUGUCUGCACCAGUGGCUGGAGACUAGACCUACUAGGCAGGUUUGUCCUGUAUGCAAGGCUGCUAUAAGCAAAGAAAAAGUCAUUCCAUUAUAUGGACGUGGAGCUACAAAGCAAGAAGAUCCAAGGAACAACGUGCCACCGCGCCCGGCCGGUCAAAGGUCAGAGCCAGAAACCAAUGUCGGUUUUCCCGGCUUUGGUUUCGGCGAUGGUUCCUACAUGUCGUUCGGCAUUGGCACUUUUCCGUUCGCUUUCUUUACGUCGACUUUUAAUUUCGGAGAAACACGACCAAGCGCAGCUCCCAGAGGCACACCGCAAUAUGAGGAAGAUCAGUUUUUAUCCAAGAUAUUUUUGUGGUUAGCGAUAAUAUUCAUCUGCUGGCUGCUGAUGGCAUAACAUUGUUUCUAAAUCACAUACCAGUCUGCUCCAUAAUUUGUAAUAAUUUGUCUUAUGAUAUCCUGUUGGUUCGUGAUAAUCGCAACAUUGGUAUUGGUUUCCACGUG